AAUCUUUUUCCAUUCCUUCUCUUCCACGACUCACUCUUCCCCUCCACCUUGACUCGUUCAACACCCGGUCUGACUCAGUCUUCGACUUACUCUUCACUCGGGUGCCCCAACUCACCAAAAAACUUUAAACCACCAACGAAUUCAUCUUCAAUUCUCCCGUACAUCUUCCAUAUCAUGUCCUCUAUGUCUUCUCCUUCGCUCUUUAUUUCCUCCCUUUUCCUCUCGUUUCUCUCACUUUCCCUCUCCCAACGACCCCCCAAAGGAUAUUUGAUCGAUUGCGGCGCGGCGGCGAGAACAGUAAUAGACGGCCGAGAAUGGCUUCCCGACGGGGAAUUCAUUUCCACAGGUGCGUCAAAGAAACUAACGGCUCCCGACCUCUCCCCCACUCUCUCCACCGUCCGAUCCUUCCCUCUUCACAACAAUCUGCGCCGUAAGUUCUGCUACGUGGCACGCGUUUACAGACGUGCGAGGUACCUGAUCAGGACGACGUACUACUACGGCGGAGUCAACGGGUUGAGUUUUCCUUCGCCUCCCGUUUUCGAUCAGAUGGUGGACGGCACGUUCUGGAGGGUGGUGAACACGACGGAGGAUUAUCAGAAGGGAAAGCCAUCGUCCUACGAAGCGGUGUUUGAAGCUAGAGGGACUACCAUUAGUGUUUGUAUUGCUCCGAAUACGUAUACGGAGUCCGACCCGUUUAUUUCGAGUUUGGAGAUGCUUAUUUUGGGGGAUUCGCUGUAUAAUACCACGCAUUUUGAUUCCAAUGCUUUGAGUUUGGUUGCUAGGCACAGUUUUGGACACAAUGGAUCCAUUAUCAGAUACCCUGAUGAUCGAUUUGAUCGAUAUUGGGAGCCAUAUGAAGGAAAUGUUUAUGUUAUAGCAAGCAACAAUACUCCACUUGUUUCUGGGUUCUGGAAUAUACCCCCUUCAAAAGUAUUCGAAGGAGCACUUUCAACGGAUCAAUUAGGGGCCCUGGAGUUGAGUUGGCCGCCUUUGUCACUUCCAAACUCUACUUAUUACAUUGCUUUGUAUUUUGCGGAUAAUAGUGAUUCGAUCCCGUCAAGCUCAAGACUGCUUGACAUACACAUAAAUGAUGUAAUGUAUUGUAGCAAUUUAGGAGUGACUUCGGCUGGAGCUGCGGUUUUCGCAACCAGUUGGCAACUUGCUGGUCCAACAAAGAUCACUUUGAGUCCUGCUGCCAAUUCGAAUAUCAGUCCUUUAAUCAAUGCGGGGGAGAUUUUUAAUGUUCUUCCCCUAGGAGGAAGAACUCAUACAAGGGAUGUUAGAGCUUUAGAAAACUUCAAAAAAAGGUUGCGGAAUCCUCCACUUAAUUGGAACGGUGAUCCUUGCCUGCCUCUUGAUUAUGCGUGGACUGGAAUUACAUGUUCCGAGGGUGAACGGAUUCGUGUGAUAACUUUGAACUUGACUAGUAUGGGUCUUUCGGGAUCGUUGUCAUCAAGCAUUGCUAAUUUAACUGCACUGAGUGGCAUUUGGCUUGGUAAUAACAGUUUAUCAGGAGUAAUACCUGAUCUCAGUUCAUUAAAGCUACUAGAAAUAUUGCAUUUGGAAGACAAUCAAUUCAAUGGAGAUAUUCCAUCAUCACUUGGUGACAUUGGAAGAUUGCGUGAACUAUUCUUGCAAAACAACAAUCUGACUGGGCGGAUACCGGAUAGCCUUGUUGGAAAACCAGGACUGGACUUGAGGUAAGUAUUCUGGAAAUCAGUUUUUAUCCCCUGCACCUUCGUAAGUAGAUUGUACAUGCAUUCAGAGGUAACAUCACGCAACUGGAAUGGUCAAAGAUUUCACCAAAUUCUGUGUCUAUGUUUAUUCUGUAUAAAAAAAUAUCAUCUUGUUCUGAAACCUUGCUGGAAGUUUCACCAAUGUUAUCUGUUUGAUUGUAAAGUUCUCAUAAUUUGCACGUUGGAGCAUCCACAGUUCUAUUUGUACUAAAAAUACUUGUCCUUAUUCAGCCAGUCUGUAAAUCGUCUGUAAAUCUUAGCCCUACUUCACCAACUCAUUCCAUUAUAUUUU